UGACCAUAGUUAGCAAGCAGGACCGGUUCCUGUUCGGUCCAGUGUUCCCCGCAUUUGGACGUCACCAUGAAUGCAUGCCAACUAAGUUAAGUUCGUACUGCAGAUUUCGUGGGGCCCGAGCGGAUGUGUAUUGCACCCCACCAGCAAGAGACCUCGUCCUUGUCAUGCCGAUGAGCUAUUCGGACUUCGAUGAUGAGUCACCCAAUGUAGUGGCGCAAAGGAAGGAGGAGGUGAAUGCAUUCCUGGAGCGCCACGCCUUUCUGGGGGUGAAUAGCUUGCGCGAUACCAGUGAUGUCUUUCAGCAUGUCCGUGUGAAGCAGUUAUAUCCUUUGGAUGUUGCCAAAGAACUAGGUGAUGAGAGGAUGAUGAACAUGUUGAAGAUGUCAGGUGCCACGAAGCGUUCCCAGACCCCUAGACGCACUGGAAGUGCUUUGGGCGGUUUGAUGAGUUUCCUCUCCCCACGCAGCACGACCUCCACAAGAUCAACAUCUACUAUGGCCAGUGUUUCCGAAGCACCAGUGCCACAACGGAGCUGUUUGGCCAAGAAGAAGAUGGAUGAAUUUGAUAUGGCAACAGAUGAGCAGAGUGUGGAGUCUGUGUGGGUUUGACCAGGCUCUUUUUAGCACUGUCGAAGGAGCACAUUCUGAUGGGGAUGUGUCCUCAAUUGUAUUCAAUUGCUUUUUGGAGCAGAUGAGCAGAACAUGCUUUCACUGCUUGCCAGAAUCUUGAGACAUCCUGAGAGCAGGAAAAUAGGAGGAAAACUCUCCCAAACUGCACAUCAGGAGAUCUCGGUUCAGUGCACCAUCUCGUGUAGUUGUGUCAUGUGCAGCAAGUCUCCCCGAGAGCGAACUUUCACGAGCAAUCCAAAACUUCUUCAGCGUCUUGUGCAGAGUGUGCCCAGCAACAUGCCACUUUGUGUCCGAGACACUUCAUCCUGGCUGUGCUUUUAGCCCUUCCACUGCACUUGAGGAAAAAACUGCCGAGGUCAUGCAAUUUGUGCACAUAGUUGUUGAUUCCAAUUUCAGUCGGUGUUUGCAUCAGGUUGCUUAUAAGCGGAGUGAUGUGCUUACAUGCAAAUGCUUCAUGACAAUAUAAUACUUUUGAUUGUGGUCAUUGAUUUGAUGCAGAGGCAUGAUCCAAGACUAUUAAUUAGUGCUGAACAUGGUGCUGAAAAUUGUUGAACAUAUUUUGUGAAUUUUUGUGAUGUGCAUACAUGUGUGGUACCUACCCCCGUGAUAGUUGUGCACAUUACUUCCAUGUCUUGCCAAAGUACUAUAUAUAUAUAUCUAUAUAUAUAUAUACCAGGUACCAGGGGAGCACAUGUAAAUGCAUAAAGAAAAUUAGUGACCAUAGUUGGCAAGUAGGACCGGUUCCUGUUCGGUCCAGUAUUCCCCGCAUUUGGACGUCACCUUGAAUGCAUGCCGACUUAGUUAAGUUCGUACUGCAGAUCUCCUGGGGCCCGAGCGGAUGUGUAUUGCACCCCACCAGCAAAAGACCUCAUCCUCGUCAUGCCAAUGAGCUAUUCGAACUUCGAUGUGGAGACGCCCAAAGCAGUGGCGAAAAGGAAGGAGGAGGUGAAUGCAUUCCUGGAGCGGCACGCCUUUCCAGGGGUGAAUAGCUUGCGCGAUACCAGUGAUGUCUUUCAGCAUGUUCGUGUGAAGCAGCUAUAUCCUUUGGAUGUUGCCGAAGAACUAGGUGAUGAGAGGAUGAUGAGCUUGUUGAAAAUGUCAGGUGCUACGGAGCGUUCGACCUGCCGAAGCGCUGGAAGUGCUUUGGGCGGUUUGAGGAGCUUUCUUUCACUUCGCAGCAUGUCCUCUACAGCCUCCGCAGCCACGGCCAGUUCUGAAGCACCAGUGCCACAACGGAGCUGUCUGGCCAAGAAGAAGGUGGAGGAGACGGAUAUGGCAACGGAUGAGGAGAGUGUGGAGUCUGUGUGGGUUUGACCAGGCUUUGUUUAGCACAACUGAAGGAGCACAUUCUCAUGGGGGGGAUGUGUCCUGAACUGCUUGACUGAAGCAGUUGAAUGCUCUUUUGAAUCAUUGCUUGAUCGAAGGAUAGUGUGAUGUUUCCUGAAAUCAGAUGGUGUUCUCAUGAGGAGAGUGCCUUCUGAACGGUGUUUGCUUUAGAUUUGUGCAGAAAAUUGCUUGUUGGAUGCCUUGGCAGCCUUGGCAUCCGAGAGCAGCAAUCCAAAUUUGACACAUACUUGUGCAGCAUGGCAUGUGCCCCUAGACCUUACCUCGGCUGUGCAUCAGCCGUGCGUUUUUCCCACCUGCACUGCACAACGUAGAAAGAA